AUGGACGGUAACGACAGUACCCGCUUGUUCCCAGAUUUAGGAGCGUCUCCUCUUCUUAGCCAGGAAAUCCGUGUCCGCUUUGUUAACAGAUGUUGUUUCCCUAUCGACGUUUUCUGGUUGAGCCAGGAAAGAGAACCGACAAAGUACGCAACAUUGAAGGAGAAGCAGUAUUUGGACGUGAGAACAUAUAAAAAUCACCCAUGGGUUGCAAGACGUGCAGUUGACGGCUGCAAACUUCAAAUGAACACAAACCCUAUUUACUGGCCGGAGCCAACUGCUCACGCAAAUCUGAUUGUUCGAUCAUAUUGCAAUAUAACAUUGAAAAUUCAAUCACUUCGUGAAAUCGCUUGCCAUACUCUACUUCAUGAAACACCCUCAGAAAUAAAAGAACAACUUCUCAAUCUUCCACGAGAACUUCAGGAUGAAGUGAACAAAGCUAUUGACACAAAGAAAGAAUAUUGUGAAGUCGUCUGUCGUUUUCCAACAGUGCGAGCUAAUCCGCCACGCGAAGAACCUGUAUAA